AUGCUGACAUGUGGUCACUCAUUCUGUGCAGAAUGUAUUGAGCACUGGUUAAAUGAGAACGUCUCCUGCCCAACCUGCCGUACUGACACUCAUACACCAAUCAGAAAUAUUGCACUUGAACAAGUUGUGGAAGAAUUUCAACUAAGCAAAGAGUCCCGCGUCAGGUUUUCAAAGCAAGCAAAUGGGUGUGAGCCGAGUGGUUACGCAAGCCUUAAUGCCUUUUUGCGACGUCAAGCUUAUCGUGCAAGUCGCAGACGUACUCGGUUUUCCAUAAAUGGACCAGAAAUACUGGUUGAUGGGCCAGGAUCUUCAACUGAAGCACUGCCAGCAACAAGUCGCGAAGCCAGCUAUCGGUCUCUAGGUUCUUUGCCUCGUGUUGAUUUGGAUGAUAUGUCUGAAGAAGAUCUCUUGUGCGAUGCGAAGCCAGUGACAUUCCGACGCCGUUUUCUCCGCGAUGGGCGUAAAAGUGUGUCAGGACGUGACGUUCAUUUGUCAUGCGCAUACGAAUCUGAGAAUUCCGACAUUGCAGUGACGAGUCCAUUCAAGAGGGCUUCACUUUUUCGUCGAAGCAUUUGCGCCAUCCGCAAGUCAGUAAGUCGUCGUCAUCGUAGAAGAGAUGUACAAGGGCUAACAGAAAGUGGUGGCUUUACGAAUGAAGAGGCAACUGCUUCACGUGAAUUUGAAGAACCCGUAUCAUCGUCUGUAGAACCUAUAAUAGUAGCUGAUGGAGAUAUGAUGAAAACAAAGAAAUCCAAGUGGAAACGAUUCUUUUCCUUCAAGUUGCGGAAAGGUCAGAAGUUUAGCUUCCAUCCAACGCGCGGUAUCGACAAAAACGAACAAUCUUCUUUUGGUCAUCUGUGCGUGUACUCUGGAUUUGGACGAUCUUUUGAAAGAAUUCAUCCAGGCGAUGAAAUUGCUAUCGCAGUUUUCGGCAGUCGAGGUGUCGGCAAGACCUCCUUGUUGGAUAAUGCCACGCUUUCAUGCGAGGGACGUCAUGGUAUUGCUCCAUUGGGUCUUACAGAGAGAAUGCGUCUCGGUGGGAGGAACAACCAUUCUGAAUACAGAUUCGCACAUAUGACUAGUAUAACAGUGGAAACCCGUCAUCGAACGCUCGUCAUUGAUCUUAUCGAUGCUGAGUUUGAGGAUGACCAUUCCGUUGUGCAUACGUCUUACAUGCGUGCAGCUGACGCAACGUUUUUGCUUUACUCCUGUUCGGACUCCGCCAGCCUUCUAGCCGCAAUGUCUAUCCAUCGUCAGUUGGCUGCCAUUGUCGAAUGCCCGAAACCGUGUGUGCUGCUUGCAAAUGUUAUGGGAGGGAUUUCCCAGAGAUACGUGACUCGCGAAAUGGGAGAGAGGACAGCUCGAAACAUCCGUGCUACAUAUUUGGAGACAAAUCUCUUGAUGCAAGAUGGGAUUGUCUUGAAGGCUGUAGAACACCUUUGCCGUGAAGUACUUCGCAAGAGGAGAAAUGCCGACGGAAAAGACGUCUGUUCAAUAAUGUAA